UCCAUGUCAUCUUGAACCCUCGCAACCAAUUAAAUCUCGGGGCUUGACAGCUCUUUAACGUCCAUCGUGAAGCUUGCGCGUUCCGAGCGCGUUCCUACAGUUUUAUCAUGGCGGCAAAAAUCUUCGUCCUCGGCAGUGUCAAUGGCAAGUUCGAAUCGGCUUUCCAGAAACUCGCGACUUUACAUCAGAAGCAGAAUUUCGCCUUCGCCAUAAUUACUGGAGAUCUCUUUACGUUCGACCAAGACGAAGACUCCCUGUCGCGGCUUCUCAAUGGGGAAAUUCAAAUACCAAUCUCGACCUACUUCACCAUAGGCACCAUUCCCUUGCCUGACCGAGUAGUCGAGCGCGUUGAAAAAGGCGAAGAUGUCUGCGAGAAUCUCCAUUUCCUUGGGAAACGAAGCAUUACCAAAACUUCAGACGGGGUCCGAAUUGUGGUACUAGGCGGUGCUCUUGACAAGUCUAUUGUGGGUGGGCAGUCGAAUGAACAACACCUUCCGCUACAUACGGCCGAUGACGCGAAGAUACUGCGCGGCGCUAACACCGCCGACAUCUUACUGACGACGUGCUGGCCUUCUGGUAUCUGGUCGAAUUCAAGCAAGCCACCUGCGCUAGAGCAACAGACCGCCAUCGCAAGCAGCGACGAGAUAGCUGAAUUGUGUGCUGCCCUCAAGCCUCGUUAUCACUUCGCAGCAGCAUACGGUAACUUUUUCUACGAGCGCGAGCCGUUUUUCCACCCGCCCAGUGGUCCCGAAUCCGACCAGUUGCCUGUUACCCGAUUCAUCUCACUUGCCCCUUACGGAAAUGAGGCUAAGGCGAAGGCUAUGUAUGCCUUCAAUCUUGUCCCCGGAGAAGCGCCUUCUUCCACCGUACCUCCUGGCAGCACUGCUUCUCCGUUCCUUCCUAAGACCAACCCACGGAAACGACCAGCUCCCGGUGGUGACAAUGCCGGUCACUUCAACGACCAUGAUCAUCGCGGAGGCGGCCGUCGCGUGCGUCGUCGUAAGGACCGGUCGCCUCCUCCCGGACCUGAUCAGUGUUUCUUCUGUCUUAGUAACACACAAGUAGACACACAUAUGAUCUGUUGCAUAGGAGACGAUUCUUACGUCACUACCGCCAAGGGCCCCUUACCUAGUUCGGACACAUUCGCCUCGUCAGGCCUCUCUUUUCCAGGCCAUCAACUUAUCAUACCCCUUCCUCAUGAGCCCACAGUUCGUGCAAUGGGGGAAGAUGCGGACAAGACUUACAAGGAGAUGACGCGCUUCAAGGAAUCCAUGCAGGCUAUGAUUGCGACGGAGUCGAAGUUCAAAUUGGGCGCAGUGACUUGGGAAAUUAGCCGACAACACGGAAUUCACGUUCAUUGGCAAUUCAUCCCAGUGCCUUCAGAUCUCAUUCGGAAGGGCCUGGUUGAGGCUGGUUUCAAGGUAGAAGCCGAAAAUCGACAGUUUCCGCCUUUCGAGGAGGUGGCCUUGGAGUCCGGUAUCGAUGAGACAUCCGACUACUUCCGCGUCUGGAUUUGGGCCGAUGAUAGCGACACCGGCAUCCAAAGCAAGGAGUUAGUGAUGCGACUUGAUAGUAAAACUCGCUUCGACCUUCAAUUCGGCCGCCGGGUGAUAGCUAAACUUCUCGGACUCGAGAGCCGAAUCACCUGGAAAGACGUUGUCCAGCCCAUCGCUGAAGAAACUGAGGAUGUCCAAAAAUUCAAAGAGGCCUUCAAACCCUGGGACUUUACUGCUUAAUGGGUUAGAAUCGACAGCAUUUUCGGGAUUGGCGUUCGUGCUUCGCAAAAGUUAUGAUACCCGCGUUUGAGUUUGCGGUAUUUGCCCUGGCGUUCGGGUAGGCAUCCUACUUCAUCAAAGAGUUUGGCAGUUGAGGACAAUAGGCAACAAUCUGCUGGAUAGUGUACAACACAUGAGCUGGUAAUAGAUGGGAUAUCGUAUGAUGAAAACGACGGAAGAUAUCCAAAUGAGGUUGCAUUGAAAGCAUAUCACCGGC